GUUGCUCUCUUGCAUGCCUUGUUUUAUCAACAGAUCUGUGUAACACUGCUCAGAUAUUCUGUUACAUGUACAAGAGCCUGAUUUAGCAGCAUUUGAUUUAAGCUGAGGAGUGAUAGGCAAAUCAUCUUUGGGAUGCGUGGAUAGAAUCUUCCAUCGCGGCGCAGUUCGAGAAUUUUGCAUCGUCCAGUGUGGCCAAAUUUCAGUUUGUUUACACUCUCUACAUAAGUUACAUGCGCGAUCGACCGAGGUUUAUCGCAUCCUUGAUGACAAAGUGACGGCUUAGCCGCACAGAGCGGGGAAAUUUUCAGCUUUUACCAUAAUGUGUGGCCAGUCAGGAUUGAAUUGACCUCGAAGUAUGGCUAAACAAUGACUUUAUCGUUCACCCAGGUGGAACAGUGGCUCGAUGACCAUCCAGAACACGCUGAGGAAUAUUUUGUGCGUAAAGGUACCGCGCGAAUGGUUCAACUAUGGAAUGAAGCGAGGGAAGAGUGUGCUGAUGUCUUCGACACAAAUGUUGAACUAAUUGAGAACUGCGGCAGAAGAACAAUCGGAGAAAAAAACUUUCGUUUCAACGAUACUGUGGAUAUUAUUAAUGCGAGCGAGGAAGGGGAAAGUGAAGCGGGUCAGCCAACAGCUCGGUCAUUACCUAUAACUCGCAGGUACUCUGAACCGCAGCGUCAGGGGAAUCCGAAGCGGCAACUUGGUUUGGGUUAUGGAGGCAAGCAGUUUUUUACUAAACCAGUAUCUUCCAGUGUUGUUGAUUCUCUAGAUCUGAGUACUUGUGAAAUUCGGGAGGAAAAAACAAUACGAGUGAGAAGUCCCCCUUCACGACUGCUUCGGAAAACGAAAUCGCUGCCGAAUUGUGGACAACAGCAUGUAUUGGGGGCACUAAUUGAGUCAAAAAUUCGUCUACCAUCUUCAAUCGGCCUGAACGCCGAGACAAAGCUAGAUUUAAAGAAUAACAAUGAAAGGCAAUUCUUCUUUGAGAUUGUACGGGACAUAGCGAACGAUCUGGACCUAACGACUCUUAGUUAUAAAAUAUUAGUCAAUGUUGGGAUUCUAACAAAUGCUGAUCGGUGCUCAUUGUUUCUCGUGGAAGGACCUAAAGGUAAACAGUCACUGGUUUCAAAGGUUUUUGAUGUGCAAGUUGGAGGGCCGAACUCGACUUCUAUUAAGGAUUUCAUAGACCAGCAGAAGGAAAUUCGAGUGCCUUGGGGCAAAGGACUGGUGGGAUACGCGGCUGAAACUGGAGAGACAGUUAACAUCCCCGAUGCGUAUGCGGUUUGUAACGUUUUAAGUAUAAAUAAAUCAUUAGGGGUUUUAGGCGUAUGUAAACCACAUUCGCUCGCUUGAAUCGCCGUUGAUUAAACGUUUCUUGCAAACGAUACCUUCUUGCAAGUCGUGUAAGAAGGCGACAUGACCAUAAGUUAACAGUGCAUUCGAAUCGAUGCAAUCAAGUGUGUCUUCCUAUUUUGAUCAGUCGUUCGAAUCUCGUACCGCGCGAGACUAAUUUUCGAGCUUUCGAUUCAAGCAAGCAGAUUUGCUUUUUUGUACGCUCACCAGAUAGCUUAUACAAAACUUGCUGCUUUGUUUGGUCCUGCAACUUUCUUGGAGUUGUAUGGACGUGGAAGACCGAAUACCAUUUGCAGAAAUUAAAUGGGAUGGCCCGGAUCAAACGAAGUGGGAUGGAUACCUAUUUUUGUUCGCUAUUAAUUCAGUUCCAUUUUAUUUGUAUUUUACCAACUGAAGCGCAUUCAAAGAAAGGCAAACGAGAACUUAAACGCUUUGUAGGAAAUCCGCGCUUUUCGAUUUUACAAUAGUCCGGAAACUACCCUCGAUAAAAUCCCGCGAAUGCUGAAAGGUAUUGUACAAGAAACUAACAUUUAGCAUGUUAAAAAACAAAUGCACCUUUCGUCUUUCCAGCUGAUGAAUCAUGGUUUCGCGGUUUUUUAAAUUUGCAUUAGCUCUUUUGGUCGUAUCUAGGGGAAAAAUCGUGUCGUCAGCUGAAAACACUUUAAAUCUUUCGAGUUAUCAAAUCUCACUCAAAUUCGAUAUAAUGUUAUCACUGCGACGUUUCUCCAACCGGUCUGGGAUUGUUAUGAUGGCUUAUUAAGCUAUAAAGUUGAAAUUAUGCACAACGAGUUAUGCGUUCGCGAAAACAAUGUUCACGUUUCGCACUUCAGCGGGCGAAUUGAUUGUUUUCAUUUCUAGGAGCGAUCGAUUCUCGUCAUACUUUUUUUUUCUGUACAACACUUUUUCAACUUCUGAGAAUUUUAAAAAUUUAAGUUACAGCGGAAUGAAAUCAGCAGUGUUACCGCGCCUCUGUUGCAAUUGAAAUUUUUCAAGCUCCUCGACAUUUAUUGUUUGUUGUGGCUUCCACUACAGUAGUUUACAAUUUCGUUCUGUCUUCUUAUACGUGAUUUGGAUGAUCAGUGAAGCGCAAUCAACUUGUAUCCAGACAUUAAGGACCGUCUAGUAAGCGCUCUGUUUAGCGUGCCUCCGAUGACGGAUUUACAUUGAAGCGGUUGGUUUUAAUCUGAUCGGGUGCCAGAGCACUUUGUUGACAGGCGAGAUCCCCGCGAGUGCUUAUUUAAGCAGUGCAGGUUCUCUGUGCGUUAAUACGCGAUGGGCUUGUCUCAAAACCUAUUUGCAUACGAUUCUUUCAAUUUUAUUCACCUUUUGAAAAGCCCCUCUGAACCACAAGAACGAUGGAAAUGACUUCUCUCGUAAUUUCCUGAGAAGUACUUCCAUGACUGUCACUUACACUAAAAUUGUUCGGAUAGAUGUGAAAAUUUAUUUUUUUACAAAAAAAAAAUCUUUCUUUGUUAAUUUUUUAUGUUUGUGUUUUGUUUUACCAUUUUUAGUUUUUCACCGGAUAAUUAAUCAUUCAUAACAAUAUUUCAAAUUUCCUUUUUCACAACAACCAAAAAAGCAACACUUAUUGAUUUUUUUUUCAUUCAGUCCUUUAAAAAAGUAUCAUAUUCUAGCUUUUUUACCAUGCUAUACCUUUUUUAACAUAAAACAGCAUGUCAUUAUUUAAAUCUACCAAGAUUCUUGGUCUUGGCCUUGAAGAUAAUCAAAUAACUUUGUACCCACAAAAUAACUUGCAAAUAUAAAAUACCUAUCAGUGCGAAAUUAAAAACCAUCAGCAAUAUAAAGCUCAUAUUUUUAAAAAUUUCUCAGGGUAGAAGCUUCAAAGUCAAAUUUAAAUUUUGUAGUGAGGUGGAGUGAAUCCGGAGCUAGUUAUUGGAGCAGGUUUUUGAUACAGUAGAAUGACAUAGAGACCUCUUUCUUUAAAAAAAAUAAUAGAAAGAAAAAGAAAGAGAACAUGCAGAAUUAAAGAUAAAGAAAAUUUAAUUCAUUUUACGAUCAAAACCAUUUUCUCUCUAUGAGAAAAGGCCUGUAACUGUAGGCUCCUCAAAGAAGUAUGUUAAAGAUCUUUCACAACAUAUUUCAGAUACACUUCUCACUUAGCCAGUAUAAGAUAAUGAAGAGUUGAUCAAAUCCCAUUUUGUAGCAUUCUUUUAACUGAACUUUUGCUAUUUGAAUUUAUUUCCUUUGAAAUGUCAACAACAUCAAGUAUAUCUGUUUGGGUUUGCCUGAAGAGUUAAGUAGAAUCCUUAUGUGUCUUGUAGUUCUAAAUGCAUUAUUCAAAAUGCUUAUGAUGCAAUUGUCCAUCAGGUUGUGGGCAUGGAAGGCAACAUUCCAAUGUUUCAGAGGGUGUGUGCAUUUUUUUGAAAGAUGAAAUGAGUCAGAGCGUCACUUUAUGAUUUUACUAGGACAUUUUGAACCAAUUUUUUCAAGUCUCCUGUUUAUAAUCAAUAUUUAAUGGGAUACAACUGUCCUCUCUGUGUUGUAUCAGAAAAUUAAGAAAAUAGUCUCAUUUCUUUAUCAUCUGGUUGACUGCAUCAAGUUAUAAUUUUGGUCAUUUCUCCUCACAGGAUCCUCGCUUCAACAAGGAGGUUGAUCGCCAGACAGGUUAUCAUACCAAGAGCUUGCUAUGUAAGCCAGUGAAGAACAAUGAAGGGGAGGUAAGAAGCUAAUGAAAGCAAUUUUUUAAUUUUUGAAUUAACUAGUCAGUGCCUCAAGCUUGCUUCAAGGGGCAGCUUGUAGGACUGCCAGCAGAAUGAAACUUUUGAAAACAUAACAUUUAACUUUUUUUCUAAAUAUACAGAACAGGUGAGAUAGAUGGUACAAAACACUGUGUUUGUUAUAAGCACCAGAAAUUGCAGAAUUCUCUUGUUAUGUACUACAACAAAUUAUGUUUCUAUAUUUCAAUGGCAUCAGCUACUUUUAUUUAGACGUGUAUAGGAUUUUUUUGUUAUUAUACUCUGUUCUCCUGCUGCUUUUGUUUGUGAAAAUCCAGAUUAAACAGCAUAAAGAAAUAGAGAAAACUAACCAUCUUAAAUCAGGCUGAGAAAUUCUGAUCAUUUUAUUUAUCAAAUCCAUGUGGCUAGCAAUAAUCUUAAAUGGCUCAUUUAAAGGGGAUCUAGAGACUUUUCUCAUGUUUGUCUGCUGAUGAAAGAACAGAGGACUGAAAAAGCAGAAAAUGGGCUAUCUCAUCUUUAAUUCCUGAAAAUAUUUGAAAAUGCAUGUUAAUUAGUUUUCUUUAAUUUGUGAAGGUUCCUAAUUGUUGUUAGAUGGUAAACCACAGGAAUUUACUUUGUUUAAAUCAGCCUUUUGUGUCUUUAAAGAAUAUUCAGUCACCCUCUGGACUUUCAACCAUACCAAAAUAAUCAUGAUUUAAGGAUAUACAAUAGUGAGGGAACAGGUAUUAAUUUUCUAGCAAUCUUCUCCUUUAAGUGGCAUGACAUUUCCCUGACAAACAUUAUUCUUUUCUGAAAUCAAUUUAAUUUUUUGCUGUAACUGAUGCACCCUCUACAUAUUGGUAUUUUCAUUUCUCCUUUUUUUUUUUAUUUAGGUAGUGGGUGUGGCUCAGAUAAUCAACAAAAUGCCUGGACCUGUACCAUUUACACAAGAAGAUGAAGAGGUGCAUUCAUUUUGUGUUUGCUUUUGUCUGUUCCAACCUUAGACAUAAGUCAAAUAAAAUCAUAUGAGAAAGAUGUAUUUGCUUCCAAGUUGCUUGUGGUGAAAUCAUAACCCUUCACUCCACUGAUUGCUUAAGUGCUGCACUCUGCUACAUAGUGAAGUUUCCACUAGACAAGGAGGUGGUUGUAACUAUUAUUCAUGGUCUAUUACCUUUUUCAGGUCUGUGAAAUGUAUCUGACUUUCUGUGGAAUCGGAAUCACCAAUGCAAAGCUGUUUGAGCUAUCAGCAAAGGAAUUCAACAGAAAUAGGGUAAAUAGGUUAAAACAAUUCAUUGAACAUAUUCAAGUUGAAUUUUCCACCCUUAAAUAUCGCAAUAAUCAUAUCAAUUACAAUUUCCUCAAAUGUAAUCAGCGCAUUAGCUGCUUUAUUUUUCACUAAUCAUUUUGUACAGUUGUAAGGGGACAAUGAAAUCAGACAGUUGGCAGUAAAUGGACACCUGCAAUUGGACCGUUGAAGCAGCCAAUAAUACUAAAUCCACUCAGCUAAACAACAGAAUUGAUCACAGUAACCAUAGCAACAACCACUCAUCCUGAGAAAAACUGGGGAAUUUCCAAAAUGGAGGAAUUUUUAUCUGUAGGCAUUGUGUCCAUUAGAGAUAUUUGUUCUAGAUUAUUUUUUUUUACAGAAAAUGUAACAAUUAAGAUUAAUUGGUAACAGGACUUUGUGAUUGACAAAUCAGACUCCUGCAUAGUGGUCGUCUAAUUUUAAUUGCAGAUUUCAUGGUGAAGAGUUACAGGGUUUUUCAGAUUUAAAUGGCACUUGUCUAGAGUGGAAGAAAUUCAGGUUUUGAGGGGUUAUUUUCUCAUUUGAGGGCUAAUUCCCAUAACGCCUUGUGGGGACUCCCAACCUCAAAAAUGUCCUCACCUGAAGUCAGUAUCAAUGAAUUGCAACAAGUUUUUGAUGUUAGCCCAUUCAAUUAAUGGUAUUGUGAUCCUUGGCAUCUGUAGUUCAGGAAUAACUUAAAACUUUACAUACCAAAUGGUAACAAUUAGCCUGUGUUCCUGUUGCUUUUGAAAUUAGGCAUUGCUGGAGCUUGUUCAUGACAUCUUUGAAGAACAGACCUCUCUGGACAAGGUAGUACAUAAGAUUAUGAGACGUGCAUUGUCAAUGCUGAAAUGUGAACGAUGUUCAGUUCUUCUGUUGAUGCAUCCAGUCCUUGGCAACAGUCUGGCAGAGGAAAGAUCACAGGUAAAUUAAUAUUAUGUUAUUAUGAACCGUGUGGAAGGGGUGGCAGGGGAAAAUAUUUGGCCCAAGGUCGUGAUGUAUGAACCAAGCGGAGCAAGUUCUAGCUGUACGUAAUGACUGAGUGCCAUAUGCUUUCCUAUGUGAUGAGCCCAUACUCAGUCAGUAAAAAAUCUUCAAAAAUUUUGGAAUUACAUCAGACAUGUUAGUACUGGACAACUACUGAGAACAAUCUAUUGAAAAACUUCUCUGCAGUCAUUUCAUUGAGUCAGAUUGAGAAACCCAAAAUUGAAGGAAAAAGGCCACUUUUUUUGUCAUUUCUGUUUCAUUUUAAUUUAAAACCCACAGUUGGAACUUAUAUUCUUGGAAAAUGCAACAGAGUUUUGCAAGGGUGGGCCAGAAAGCAUAUUCCAGUUUGGCUCGCUUUAACUCAUCGGCCUUUCACAUGUCAACUUUCAUCAUGGUUUUCCUCACGAUUGCCUGAACCAAGCCAUAUGGAUAGAAAAUGAAUGAAACACCCAUUAGAUGACAGAUUGAGACACUGAUGUGAUACAAAUGAAGUCAAGUUUAUUCUUCAUUUUUAUUAUUUAUUUUUAGGAUUUACGAAUAACUAAAGUAUUCAAUCUGCGAGUGUCAGGAGGUCGCAACAGUAAUAGCACAAUGUAAGUUUCUUUUCACCAAAUUAUUACCUUAAUUUCUGUUACUGUAAACUGUAAGGUGUUUGAUGCUCUCUGAGAACCGAAUUUAAACAUCUCAGGUGGUGGCAGGUGCAAGUAUUUGAUGCUGUCAUGUUAUUUGAGAUGAAAGUAAGAGUUCCAAGGAUCUACAUGGUUCAACUCAAGUGCCAGCUUUAAUCCUUUAACUCCCAUGACUGACCAAGUCAGAAUUUCUCCUUACAACAUCAAUACAAUAUCAACCAGAUAAGUAAUGAGAAUAAAGAAAUAUAUCAAUUUGGGGAUAAUUAGUUGAUCUGUACUAAAUUCUCUGAACUAACACGAUAAGAAUUGUAUGGUUGACUGUAUGGAGAAUUACAAAUGUGAUCUGGGAGUUAAAGGGUUAAUCAACCCAUUAUGCAUCUCCACUUUAAAGUAUUUUUCAUCCAGGCAAACACAAAAAAUUCCCAUUGAAUUUACCUUAUACAAUGAUUGCAUGACACUUAAGUUCUGCUCAACAAUCAAUACCCUGUCAAGAUCUUUUUGCUGAGAGCUCAAUUUGAUUUUAUGUUGGACCUCCUUCUGGGGACAGCAUUGGAACUAGAAAAAGUGUCCCCUGAAAAGAAAUGUCCAUUGAUAGAUGGUAACAAGAGACAUAAGGCAUUUUGUUAUGUGGCACCAGAGUUUGUCCCUCAUUGGAAGUGUCCUAAAAAGGAGGUUCUACUUUGUCUGAUUUACUUUAAUUUUUAAUUCAAUCUGUAGUUAUAGUGAAGGAAGAGAUGAUGGUUCUUUUAGUACUAGAAUAGCCAAACUUGUUGCAUCCACUGGAAAGGUAACAGCAAUGACCUGUAAUCUGUAUUUCCUCUUAGGUUUAGUUUGGUCCAAACAAGAUACAUUGUAGAUAAAUUUUGUGCAUUUCUUUCCCCGAAGAAAACAAUUCCUUUGUAAUAAUCUUGAAAUUUUUGUGACUUAAGUUCAUCUUUUAAUAGAUGGUCAACUCAUGUUGUAGGCCAUCACAGUCCCUGAAGAACAUAUUUUGAAGUAAAGGGGCCCUAUGGUGGCACUAUUUGUGGUGCCUUUUGAGGUCCAAGCUCAAAAUAUAUCAUUUUUUAAUUCAUUCAUUGAAUGUCCCGUUGUUAGAUUCUAAAGUUAGUGCAUAUUGAUAUGAAUUGCAAGUUCACCUUUUUGUUCAAUCAUGUUUUUUAAGACUCUUAAUGUUCCUGAUGCUGCACAAGAUCAGAGGUUGAAGAGAAUUGUAAGUCGUUAAAUAACGAUUGGAGUCAUUGUGAUUUACAGAGAUAAAAUUAUAUUGGCUUAAAAGUUAGUGUAAAGGGUAGUCUACCAUCUGGAGAUUUAUUCAUGUGGACAGUCAAAUUUCACACAAGUGCGUGCACAAGAAAGAGUUCUUUAUAUCCCUCAGUCGGUAUGGCACUAUGAUUGGACAACUUAGUAGGCCAAAGUUUGUUUGAAUUGAAAUCUUUUUCCCUCUAUUUGAACCUACAGAUAAAAUUUUCACCUUACUAACCGUGUUUUUUCAGUCCAUACUGUAAGUUACAGAACCUUGUUUUCCCAACUUGGAUUUAUGGCCUGUAGGCUUCGCACUUGAGCCAUAACUCCGAGUGGAAAAAACUUGGUCCUCUCUUACAGUACGGACUGAGAAAACAAGAUUAUUUAGUAAGGAGUAUUAUGGUUGUAAUGAUUUGAAAGUAUGUUUUGAAACUUGGGUGACUUUAGUUCCACUGAAAAUUUUGCUCGGAAAUAACAAACCAGUAUGAAUUACUCACUUAUACCGCGCUUGGCGGUUAGCUCACGUUGUAGAGCGUCGCACAGCCGCAAGGGAGCUCGAGGUUUCAAUCCCCAGACCUAACAAACACUCAGGGUUUUAAAAUAUUUGAGGAUAUUUUGCUGCCUUUAGCUUUGACAUCGAUAAAUGGUGAGAAAUUAUAGUCUUCCUCGGAUAAGGAAGAUAAGCUGUAGGCCGUCUCUUGCCUCUUCUCUGUAAUGGCUAGCAGGGGAUCUAAAAGAACCCACAAACUUCUCGCAAAGAGUAGGGAACAUAACUCCCGGUGUUGUGGUCUGGCCUUGUCACUGUUUACACAGGCCCCCCAUUUAAACCAGCUUUAAGCUGACCUGGGCCAGCCUGUCUAAAUAUCACAAAAUACAAAUGAAAAUACAAUACUUUGAAGAGAAAUUGCAGCGAUGAAGGUCAUGGUCACCGACAUUUAUCACAAUUUUGAGGGAAAGUUGAUUUAAGUCUUUUUCUCGACUGAAAAUCUUACUGGUAGCUUUGGUUUCCAUUUUUGUGUUUUUGUCUUUUUUGGGGGGAGAGCCUCAUUUACAAAUGUUCAUUAGCGUGAGGUAGCAAACCAUUCAGAUUCCUUGCAUCACCAAGAUCGUUGAGUGUGUACAUAUCAGUGAUCUUUAUACUUUGUAAGAAAAUGAAGUGUUUGCUAGAAACAACGGCAUUUUGGAUCAUGCUAUCUACUUUCAGCUAAUUUAGAGAUAAGCAUAUAAGUUGUUAAGAGUCAUACCCUUUUUAAACGUUUCUGUUUCGGUAGUUGAGUGGAUAUCAAAAAAGCCAUAACACUUUGAAAUAGAUUUCAUAGCUGCUGGUGCUUCUAUAAAUUUUGGCACCUAAUACCUUGAAGUAUCGAUAUACUCAUUCUCUUCUGCAAAUGGUGAAAGUUAAGAAAUUUUUUUUAUUUCCAACAGAUUGCAAUGAGCUCUGACAAUGGUGUUGAUGCUCGUCGCCCAAUAUUGUGUAUGCCAAUUAGAAACAACAAGUUUGAAAUUAUUGGUGAGAAUAUCAUUUCAUUCAUUUGGCUCACAGAAAAUCCAUUGUCUAGUUUGGAGAUGAAGUAAUUGAGAUAUUAUCAUAUAGCAAUGUCGUCAUGGAUCAUCUGCACAAAAUUUGAUGGUCAUGGAAUUGAUUGAAUUACCCGUGAGGCUGAAGCCUAGGAAAUAUGGUUUGAAUCACUUGCUCAAGACAUAUCAAGUGCAUUUGUCUCUUAAUUGUCCUUGGUCUGUAUUAUGAAGCCAUAGACUAAUAUUCAAUUUUGGUUUGCUUUGGUUUUGGUGUACUUUGCUUCUGCUUUGUUUGGUCUCAGCCCAGAGGUUGUAACCCAUAAGCUGUCAGGGCUUAUAGUCACUCUAGCAUUUUACCUAUUUUCAUGUCUCUGCUUUAGGUUCUCAAAUAGCUCCUGGUAAUUAAUCUUUUCUUCUUAUUAGCGUCUGUGAUCGCUGUGGAUUUGGUUCUAAAACAGCCAAUUGACAAAUUCUUAAUAAGACAUUGUUAUUUUUCUAAGGCGUGGCAUGCUACGUGUAGUAAUCAUUAUAAGAACUCAGUCAGCUCUCUUUCAAUUUCAGGUGUUGCUCAGUUAAUCAGCAAACUGAACAACAAACCAUUUGAUGAGAGCGAUGAAACCUUAUUUGAGGUAUGACAGUAUGUAGAAAUUUACAAAUAAAUUUCAAUUUAUUUUCAAUACUCAAUAUUGCAUUUCUAGUGUUCUGAUGGGAUCACUCAAAUCCGGUUAUGAUCCGAGUCACCAUAUAUGGAAAUGCAUCACCCCAACUGUUACGGAGAUGACAAAAAGCUCUAACUAAGUAAACUGUCAGGAUUUAACGAAAUUUGAUUAAAAAAACUAUUUCAUUCGCACUUGUUGAAUACGAGAUUGUUUAUAGCUAGCGCCUCGUUGGCUAUUUAUCAUCACAUAUCCAGAACGCGCUCAUGGAAUAAUUAUUAAAUAUUUCACCAAAUGAUUAAGGUCUAGUCAGGCUGUAGCAACAGAGUUAGUUUUGUUUAUCAAAGUUUGAUUCACAGUCCAGUUUUCCUCUUGUCAGGCAUUUGCCAUUUUUUGUGGUCUUGGGAUUCACAACACCAUGAUUUAUGACCAAAUGGCAAAGGCAAAAGCCAAGCAACAAGUAGCAAUUGAGGUAGGUGACAAUAUCAGUUGGUUAGCAAGGUCCCUCACUGUAGAUGAGAAUGAACAAUUAAUUUAGAAAAUGGUGCACUUUUCGAUUGAUCGUCGUAAAACCAAAACCGAAGUUAUCAUACGGCCAAUCGCAGUGAAGGUCGAUAUCAGCGUUGGCCAAUGAGAACUCAAAGUAAAAACAAGCAUACUGCGUAAAACGCGGGAAAACGCGUGCGACCAAAUCGCAAUUGGUUUUAGUUUGAAUCUGAUUGGUUGAGAAGCUGGCGCGAGUUUUCUCAGUGAACCAAUCCCAAAGCGAAGUCAAGCAAUACCAAAGUACUUUCGUAUUACUUUUCGACACCCAGUUGAAAACUGCUCUAUUUCAACAUUUAUUUGGUUCCAGUGAGCUUUGGAGUUAAAGUUCAGCUAGGUUUCAUCAUAACGAUGAUCGUAUCGAUGCUGAAAAGUCAUGUGAUAUUACUUUAAAGCGUAAGUGAACUUUAGUCUGCAUAGUCCAUGAUCUUUAAUUUCCCUGGUAUCUAUUUACCCAGGUUCUUUCUUACCAUGCUGCUGCUAAGAGAGGUGAACUUGAGAGAUUGAAGGUAAGGACACUGACAAAUUAAUUUUUUUACAUCACGAGUGACGUGCGUUUUAGACCCACCGUUUUUUUCGUCGUAAAGUUUCAUCCUUUUUUUUCCACCUCUAUCUGUCAAAGGGCUACACAAAAAGGCAUUCUUGACCGCAGUUAUGAUUUUCUGGUGACCACGACGGGAAUCGCAGUCGCACAUGGAGUUUCCACAUCAUUCGAGUGUAAAUGGUCACGUUAUUGAGUUAUUUUCAAAAUCGCCGCGUCAAUGGGCGAAUUUGUAUCACAUUCAGAAUCUCAAAACGCGUCAAAUCAUAGUUUGUUGUCAUCUUCUUGUCAACGGCGGAGAUUCUGGAGCUUACUUCUCUUCUAAAAAGUUGUUAGUUAAGAUGAAAUUAUGAUCAAAUCCCUCUAUCUUUUGUUCAGACAGCUGGCAUAUUAUUCUCAGAUUUUACAUGUGUUAGUUGUGUAACGACUUUUUCGUCCUCUGUCCAUUACAGAACACAACAGUGUCAAAAGCUGAAGAAUUCAAAGUAGACAGUUUUCAGUUUGAUGACUUUUCGCUGGAGCCUGAUCAGAUGCUUCAAGCCUCACUCAGAAUGUUCAUUGAUUGUGGCUUCAUUGAUGAAUUUCACAUAGACUAUGAGGUUUGUUCUUACUUAUAAUCCAUCCAUUUUUUUGUACAUACGUGAUUAGUCUAAAAGCAUCACGUGACCGAAUAUACCCCUGCUAAAACUGGGGGAUAUCUGGUGAUAUUUCCCCAAUGACAUUCCCCGAUUUUCAAACCUUGCGUUCAGUACUCCAAGAAUUUUCGAGGCACACAGUUUUUCUCGGACCUAGCUCUCUCAAAACUGUUCACUUUUCGGAGCCGUUACUGUUCGCGGGGAAAUAUCGGAGUAUAUUUUCGCGCAAAAUGGAGGCUAUUGUUUCCAUAUGACUGAGUUUUGACUGAGUAAACAAACGUAAAAUAGACGGGCGCAACGUUCAGGAAUAACUGAAAAGAUCUACUUAGUGGCUACUAAUCGAGUUCAUAGUGUUUUUAUUAAUACCUUCUAUUUAGAGAGGAUUUAUAGCUUGUAACUUUUCCUUACAUUGUGAUCAAGUUUUCUUGCAAUCAAGAUCGAGGAAAGUUCAAAUUCUCAUAGCUAAUUUAAAGGGAAAUGUAGAUAAACUAAGAAGGAGACUCAGUGAUCAGAUCCCGGGGAGUGAAAGAAAAAAGGGCAUUGGUUCCAGUGGAGGUUAUGACAGUGCAAAGUUUCUGUAAUUGCUGCUGUUGCUCCUUUUUUGUUUCGUUUUUUUUUUUUUUGGAGCGGAGUUUUUCGUGAGAUCAAUUUCUUGAAAAAAUUUUCUCUUUUUCAGAUUUUAUGUAGGUGGUUGUUGACAGUUCGGAAGAAUUACAGAAAUGUGAUUUACCACAACUGGAGACACGCCUUCAAUGUAGCUCAGUCAAUGUUUUGUAUGCUCACGGUAGGUUAAGUUCUGUUGGCUCAUAGUAACGAAAAUGCGCACCUACCCCUCCCCUAACCUAACAUUAACCGUAACUUGUUAUCAGUUUACUAUCGUUGGGUUAGGGGAGGGGUAGUGGUAGGGGCGCAGUUGCUCAGAUACUGAUAUUUCAUUUCUGGCGUAUUUCUGUUUAACAGACUGGAGGUAUGAAUAAGUUUAUGAGCAAUCUGGAAUGUCUCGGAUUGAUUGUUGGGUGUCUGUGUCAUGACCUGGACCACAGGGGAACCAACAACGCCUUUCAGACCAAGUAAGUUGCCCAUGUGUGUUUUUAGUGAUCUAAAUUCCCUAACAAGACCGAGAACAGUGUUACGGCUUUUUGAGCCUUUCAUGAAACCAAUCGAUGCAUAUAAAAAAAACCUAGCAAAGAAAGAUAAUACUUUCUUGUUAUCAUUGAAAGGACGUAUUCAUACCAAGUAAAAUGAAUGAAUCAGUAAAUAAGCAAGUUAAAAAAUUUCUGCCCGAAGUCGUGCAUUUAAGUUUGCAAUGUUUUUCUUAUCUUUUCUACUUUUGCGCACGCAUUGACCCUAUACAAACCUUGGUUUCAUGGUUUUUUGUGUGUGUUUCAUUUCAUUUGUUGGUUAAACUAUGUUUUUAACAGUGUUGUUUUGUGAUUUGAAAUCCUCAUUUUGAUACUUUAAUCAGUUUUAUGACCAGUUGCUGUGGACGAAAGUGAAAUGUGUGGUAUGCGGGUCCAUAGGUACUCCACCCAUUGUACAUUGUAGGUCCCCCCCCACACACAAGUUAUAAGGCCAUAUUUCCAAAAGAUUCAUCGGUACCCCACGCUUUUAUAUUCUGCUUACCCUGUCUGCUGCUGCCUGAGUUCUUAGUAAAGUAAUCCGCAUUCUCAGCAUUGUGUUUGUGCAAUUUUCUUCACUAACAGAACUGACUCGCCAUUAGCCAAGCUUUACACCACAUCUACUUUAGAGCAUCAUCACUUCAACCAUGCUGUGAUUAUUCUUAGCACAGAGGUGAGACUAAACACUUAUUUUGUUCAGUAACAUUUCAUCAUUAAAAAUCGCCUAAAAUGGAAUUAAAAUUAGUGUACUUUUCAACAGCUACUUAUUUUCUUUGUUUGCUUUGGAAGGGUCACAACAUUUUCCAGAAACUAAACGCAGACGAAUACAGACAAGUUAUAAGUUAUAUAAAGCACUCGAUCCUGUCGACGGAUUUAGCCGUCAAUUUCAGGUGAGUACAUCGCGCCAGAUCACGUACGCUAAACCUUUUCAUAUCUGUCAACGUUUUGAGACAAAAAUUUGUCCCUGACAAUGUCAUAAGGAAAACUGUUCAGGAUAAUGUAUGCCGAUGUCGAGGUUUUGCUACUUUUUAUGGUUUCUUUUGAUUCUUUAUAUUUUUCAUUGGAUCAAAGAAGCGGUUUUACUUUAGUCUGUGUAAAAGACACACAAGUUUACCUGAUGCGCGUGACUUAGACCGAGCGACAAGUCACGCGCAGAAGAGAGUGAGAGAGCUUCAUUUUCACGAGUUUGCAAUCCAGAGCUUGUACUUGAAAAGCGCUUUCAACGUAGGCUAACCUACUCCAACAAUAUGGACCAUAGUGUGACUAAGCUUCAAUCUUUGAAGAAAACAGAGAAUGGUGAAGGUCAGCCCAAAUUAUUAACUUAUAACAACCAUGGUUAAAAAACCGGAAAAAAGAAGACACUUCAGGACGAGGAUAUUCGAGACAAUUGCACUCGUUCAUUGGCACGUAUGUGUUCCAGCCUGUGUCACUCUAAUAACGAGAAAGAGACUGCUUCUCUCUCACCUACCUUGGCUCUUGAUUUUUCAGCUUACUGCCCGGUUGCUGUGGGUUUAUAUCGAUAUUGUCUUCUCCUUUUCCUUUAGGCAGCGGUCAAUUCUCUUUCCUCUGGUUGAAAGAGGAGAACUGGAUCCCACAAUCCCGGAUCACCGAGACAUGCUCAAGUAAGGUUCUUUUUAUGAAGGAGUCUCCGUUUGCUUUGAUUACCCGGAAGUUAGUCGUUGUUAAUGUCAUAUUGCAGAGUAGAGCAGUUUUCAAUGCAGCGAGGUUCAUGUAACUCGAGAGCACAUUGGCGGGGUCUUACUUUCCUUCACUCUGUGAUUGUCGUUAACUAGUUAGAUGCAAAACUUGCUUACUUACUAACGUUACUUCCUGAACCACUUAGUUUUCCAAAUUAAAUUAAUGCAUUGUCUUGUUGUUUUUUUCUUUAAGGGCAAUGAUGAUGACUGCUUGUGACCUCAAUGGCACCACAAAGCCAUGGGAAAUACAGAAAGAGGUGAGAUGGUGGAGCUAUGUGUGCGAUUAGUAGUAGUUAGUUAGUCGGUCCCCUCAGUGUGUCCAUGCACAUAAAGCCACGGCUAGAGAACACCUUUAAUUUCUGUCAUUUGCCAGUCGAUCAUGCUGCCCCUAUGAACAGCCUUUGUCAAGCUUUCCGAUCUGGCAUAGGGUUCUGACGUUUCAGCUAGUCACUCUCGUCUUCUGCUUUGGUUUCAAGGAAUCCUCUGUUGGAUUGCCAGCUCCCUGCCGGGUUUGGCGGUCUUCUGUCUUCUCUCCAGUUCCCUGGCUUGUUUUGGCCAUCAUUAUGUUAUUUCUCUAGAGUUGGUUUUGCGAGCUUAGGUUUUUUCAGAAUGAGGUUUUCAGCCCCAUGCCCAACCCUCCUCCUUUCGCAUCCUAGCGGACUAGGGACCGACAUAGGCGGAGUUACCAGUAGUCGCAAACAGUCUAAGUUGAAAUGUUGACCAAAAAAGCUUCCAUGUUGCCUGAAUAGAAACGAUUUUAUCUAGGAGAUUAUUAACGUCUGAGAUUUGGUUUUCCAGGUUGUCCAUCUUGUGACAAGCGAGUUCUUUCAACAAGGAGAUCUUGAGCGAAGCACACUCAAGAUGGAACCGUCGGUGAGUAAAAAACACAUAAAGACAUUACUUUUUUUAUAUGUUGGCACGUAGUAUGCCAACAAUCACGUUUAGUUUGGGCAACUUAUAUAGUAUUUUGUACAUUUUUCUUAUAUAUAAUGUUUCCUGAAGUCUUCUUUGGAUGCCCUCACUUGUGAAGUCCGCAACAAUUAUAUUUUCAAAAUUGUAUGCCUUAUUUAAAAAAAGCAUAGUAAACGAUUUGUCAAGUUGCAAGCCGUGUGUCAGUUCUCUGGUGAAUCGAAGGCAAAGAUUAAUUACAGAAACCGCUAUUUUCAUCAGUAGUUGAAGAAAAAGUCUGUACUUAACCCAAGUGGCCCAAGAAGCCGGAGUUCAUCCCGAUUUCCUUAGCAUGAAGCGACCAGAAGUAUGUAACAAUCACUUCUCCCCGCUGGACGGGAUGCUAGUCAAUCUUACGGUUACCUCCUCCUCCCUCCAAGCAUUUCACUAGGCUUCCUUGACAAGAAACACAACAAAAUAACCCGGCCAGGUCUCGAACCCAGACUUCUCGACCCGGAGUCCAGCACACUGACCUUAAAGCCACUGCCUAUAUAAAUUUAAUAGGCAAUGACCCGCGACUAGUGAUUGCCGGCAAAUCUUGAUUACUUGCCAUUCUCAAAUGCAAACUGUUCACCGUCUGUGAUAACCAUUUGUCUUUGUAGGCCCUCAUGGACAGGCAAAAGGUCGACGAACUACCUGCACUCCAGGUGCAGUUCUUCGAAACGACAGGAAUUCCCGUCUUCAAGGUAUGCGGCGCAUGUCAUUAUGAAUAUGUUGUCAGAACUCAUGCAUGGUUACGUUGUUGCAGGCUUGAAAGGUUUAAGUCACCCCUCUGUCAAUGUCAUUGUCUUCAAACUUCAUUUAAAUAGUUGGUUACCACCCUAUGUACCAGAUCUUUUACAAACACCAACAAAAAGAUGAAAGUUUGAUCAGUUCUAUUCAGGGUGGAAAAAGAUAUAGUGAGAAAAAUAGAUCAUGGAGAAAGGAAUCCUCAAAGUUUACUAAAACUUGGAUUAGUAAUGCAAAUGAACAGUCUUGCUUUGUCAACGAAUAAACACAUUUUUGUUAAGUUUGGAGAGGGACACUAGAAGAAAUAUUUGACGCGUGUGAUUUGAGCACUUGUUAAGCCUUAAUCCCAAAGAGUGACUGGCAUCGAAAUUAUCCGUAUAAUAUUACUUCUUAAUCCAACAUUAAGGUCAUGAGAAUAAAGGAAAUGAUCGCUUAACGAAAAAAGUUCUCGAUCGAUAUACAAAUUCUCUUGUCAGUAUCAAAGGAAUUGUUUAAAGAAAGGUAUGGAGAAUAAGCAGACUGAUAUAAGGGGCUAAAUGGUUAAUAAGUGAAGUGGGGAGCUACUUUCCUUGACUCGUUGUUUCCCUUUUCAGUGCUUGGCUACAUUCAACCCAAAGAUUCGACCUCUCCUUGAUGGCGCAGAAUCCAACAAGAACCGCUGGUGUGAGUUAGAGAAAGAACGACAGGCGCGGCAAAAGGAGGAAGAAGAGAACAAACACCAACCAAUAACGUGACACUGCUGGCGUACUUCCUUCUUCUAUUCAUCGUAUUCGUUACCGUACCGGCAAAUGGUCGAAAUCAAUCGGAACUCAAUCGGAACUCAAUCGGAAUUCAAUCGGAAUUCAAUCGGCUCAUCUUUAAAAGCUGUUAAUUGCUUCAAGGUGUCGUGGGGAAUUCGCCACUGAUUGGUCCAGUGGCCUCAUACAGCCAUUUUUUCUUUUGCAAGAUGUCUGAUUUUAAGUCCUUCUCGAUAUCAAGUCACUUCGAAGACUUGGUAACCUCAAGGAAUUAUUAUUAUUGUUAUUAUUAAAACAUAGGAAGGAACCCUAUUUUGUAUUUAUCGUUAGGGAUGGGAAUGAAUAGUCUCAAAAUCGCAGUAUUGUAUUUUUUCUACGAAGAUUCUUUAUCCAUUAAGCAAAUGAUUAGUUAGGUAAUAGGGAAACAUUUUUAAUUAUCUCUGCCAAGCUUGAACGACACGCCUCAAUACUCCAACUGCGAUGAACUGAAUAACAAGCGUAUCGCGAGAUGAAGGUAAAACUCUCGAUUUGAUAAUCUUGAGUUCGUUGUCUGAAUUCUCGUAGCUGUCUAUGUAGUUAAAAAGGUUAUUUCAUUUUCACUGAGCUGUCAGGUGUUAAUAAGUCUCGUGCCCAGACCUUCCACGAGUAAGCAUUUCAGUUACGGUUACAAGGUUGGAUCUGGAUACGAGAUAAAUCAGGUGUAUCUACUAUUAAGUGAGUGUUAAGGUUGUUGGGGCCCAUUUUUAUGGUCUCGGGUACCUGAGACAACUUUCCCUCGAGUUAUCCUGGCUGGGCUAACUUUCCGCUUACUUCUUUGAAAAAUUCAACCAAUCAUUUACACGAAAAAAUUGUGAAGUCUUCUCGGGAGGCGAGACACCCUUUUCUUAUAUAAAUACUUCGGCGCUCUUACCUGAGAAGAGUCGGCAUACAAUUUUAGAGAGACUUUUAAGGGAACAGCUGUCACAACUCAAAACUUCAUAUAAACGCUCCGUCAAGUUUUCUCGAGGGAGGGUUGUCUCGGGUAAGAGAGACCAUAUAGAGCCUAAGAGAGUGUAACUUCUCGAUCUUUAGGGAACGCGAGUGUUGAUAUUUUUGAGACGUUAACGGAUAAUGGAAGACUACUGGAUUUUUUCUUUUUUGACACUUCACUUCCGGUUGCGCAAGCUUCUCGAGAACGCCUUUGCCAAGACGUAGUUUUGUUGUGAACACAUCUUUAUUUAUUAGUUAGUUUAUAAGAUGCCAAUGGUGGCUCCUAAAAUUAACGUUUUGGUUCAGUCGUAACCGAUCACUGCCGUAAAUAAAGAAAAACAGAAGUUGCUUCCAGCACUGAAAACCAGCAUAGUCUCCUCAAGAUGUAUUUGUAUUCCACUCUUGGAGAUGACUUUGAUGUUAUCUUUCGAUACAUGAUUUCUUUAUUUGCCAUUUUCUUUACGCUCAUAUUUAUUUCUAUUAGGAUAUGUCUUACUUCGCGACUUUUUCCGCCUCUGUAGGAAGACAGAACGAAAAUCAAAUGCUGGUGUAAUCUAUUUGUGGCUUUUCGUUGUGUUCGAAUAAAGCGGAAAGUGUAGGGCACGAACAAUGAAAAUGUAAAAUAACAACCCAAAAGACAGAUGAGAUUUAGUGGAAGAAAUAAAGUCUUGUGAAAAGAG